UUGAAAAUUACUCUUUGGUUUGACGCGCUUGUGAACGGUUUUGUGCGGGGCCAGCGCAAAAAUAAAAAGUAUUAUUCGCGGUGUGUAGUGUGUGUGUGAGUGUAGUGAAUAAAUAAAUUAGUGAAAAUUCGUUGAAAAUGGGCAACUUGGACGACGACAGUGCCGGCUUUGAGCAGAGUUACGUCCACAGCAACGGGAACGGCUGCGUAAAAUCAAGCACUCCAAUUAGCAAUGGACACAUUCCGAAUCAUACGACAUUCGUGGAGCAGCGGCAGAAAAGUGAUGAGCAGCAGCAGCAAAAUGGUGAGGAAACAGAGGAGCAACUGCUGCGACUAAAGGAACUCAAGUUUUCGGCACCGGCGUACACUGAAAUUCGCACACGUUCUGGAGGCCUUAAUUUCAAGAAUGCAGAGGAGGGCAGCUACCAUCCGGCGAAUGGACACGUGGAGAAGAGCGGCAAGCGGAGUGACAAGUUCAAGCCCAGCCAAGCGGACGGCAUUCUCUCUGCGGAGCAGGAACAUUACCAGAAGACCUCCUUCGAGGAUGUGCCACUUCACACCGCCUGCCUGACCUAUCUCGGUUUCUAUCUCCUCAUGAUCCUUGGCUACAUCAACCAGCUGCUCUUCGUCCCCAAGGUGGCCACCGAAAAGGCACGCGAUGGCUACGUGACCCUCUACGAUGCCUUCGAGAGCUUCUACUCCCGCUACGUGUAUCGGAGAGUGAGGGAUUGCUGGAAUCGUCCCAUUUGCAGCGUCCCUGGCGACGAGUUGAUACUCAAGGAUCGCGUGACGGAUGAUUAUGGCUGGAGUUUUCGAUUCACGGGCACCGAGACGCGUUGCUUGAACUUGGGUUCCUACAACUAUCUCGGCUUUGCCUCCGCCACGGGACGUUGUGCCGACGAAUCGGAGCAAAGUGCACGGGAGAAAGGUUUGGCCUAUUGCAGCUCGCGUUGUGAACUCGGCAACACGCAGCUGCACAUCGAUCUGGAACGCUUGACGGCGAGAUAUUGUGGCGUCGAGGAUGCCAUUGUCUUUGGCAUGGGAUUCGCCACGAAUGCUUUGAAUCUACCCGCUUUGCUUGGUCCCAAAUGUCUUGUGGUGAGCGAUGAGAAGAACCACGCUUCGAUUAUCCUCGGACUGCGUUUGUCGGGGGCCACCACAAAAGUGUUUAAGCACAAUAGCUUGAAGGAUCUGGAGCGUGUGCUGCGCAACGGUGUUUGCUAUGGCAAUCCCAAAGAUGGGGGAAAACCCUAUAAGAAGAUCCUCAUUUGCGUUGAGGGCAUUUUCAGCAUGGAAGGUUCGAUUGUCCGACUCCCCGAGAUCAUUGCGCUGAAGAAGAAGUACAAGGCUUAUUUGUACCUGGACGAAGCGCACAGCGUUGGCUCGAUGGGUCCGAACGGACGUGGAGUUGUCGACUACUUUAAGGCGGAUCCCAAGGAUGUGGACAUACUGAUGGGCACGUUCACCAAGAGCUUUGGCAGUGCCGGUGGCUACAUAGCUGGCACCAAGAAACUGAUUGACUAUCUGCGUGCCAAUAGCCACGCCCACUGCUACGCUGGCUCCAUCUCGCCGCCCAUUGUGCAACAGAUCUACACCUCGAUGAGCAUCAUCAUGGGUGAGGAUGGCACCAACACCGGACGCAACAAGAUCCAACAGCUGGCCAGGAACACGCGCUAUUUCCGUCGACGUCUCGCCCAGAUUGGCGUCAUCACCUACGGCCAUGAGGAUUCGCCUGUGGUGCCCAUGUUGGUCUAUCUCUUCUCGAAGAUUGGUGCCGUCAUUCGCACGUUGACCACGCGUCACAUUGCCGUUGUGGGCGCUGGUUUCCCGGCCACGCCCAUCAUGGAGGGACGUAUUCGCUUCUGUUUGUCGGCCGCACACACCAAGGAGCAACUAGACUAUGCGCUGGACGUCAUCGACGAUGUGAGCGAGAACCUCGGCCUCAAGUAUUCCCGCAAACCGCGCGAUCCCAAUCCCAUUGAGUACUAAACUCUCUCGGUUCUUCAUUUCAUCAUAAAACACACAUUAAAAACAACACACACACAACAAAGAAACAGAACUAGAACUUUAAUGAAACGUUAAUGUUAUAAAACUAUGGAUUCAAUAGAUACAUAUAUAAACAC